AUGGGCUGCCGGGGAACCAGCGGGCCGGAGCCCCCGGGGAGCGCGCCGCCGCCGGGUGUUUGCUGCCUGGUCCUGGUCGCUCUGAGCCUGUGGCCGGAUAGAGCUGCUGCCCCGGGGCCACCGCCGGGCCCCCCACGGGCCUCCCCAGACCCUCGGGCCGAGCUGGACAGCGCCGUCCUCCUGACCCGCUCUCUCCUGGCGGACACUCGACAGCUUGCUGCGCAGCUGAGAGACAAAUUUCCAGCCGACGGAGACCACAACCUGGACUCUCUUCCCACCUUGGCCAUGAGUGCAGGGGCGCUGGGAGCCCUACAGCUCCCAGGUGUGCUGACGCGGCUGCGGGCAGACCUGUUCUCCUACCUGCGGCACGUGCAGUGGCUGCGGCGGGCGGGCGGCCCUUCCUUGCGGACCCUGGAGCCGGAGCUGGGUGCCCUGCAGGCCCGGCUGGACAGACUGCUGCGCCGGCUGCAGCUCCUGAUGUCCCGCCUGGCCUUACCCCAAGCACCCCCAGACCCACCAGCUCCCCCACUGGCCCCCCCAGCCUCCGCCUGGGGAGGCAUCAGGGCAGCCCACGCCAUUCUUGGGGGGUUGCACCUGACCCUUGACUGGGCCGUGCGGGGCUUGCUGCUGCUGAAGACUCGGUUGUGA